AAAUGGCAGGCGCGUCCGUCGGAGCACGCAUCAUCCUGGCGCUCCCAGUAUCACGUGACAGUUCUGCCAGCCCCGGCCCAGGUGCACAGUGUGCGCCGCCCGGAGCGAAAUUAAAGGAGAACCCUGCCUCCCCUCUCUGUCCCCCGGUCACGGUGGCAGCGGGAAGGGGAUGCCCCCAUGUCGCAAGUGUCGGGCUCCCCCGCUGCCCCGGCGGCCGGCGGGAAGGAGAAGAAGGCUUCCCUGGGGAAGAAGCUGUUCUGGCGGCGCGGUGGCUUGGUGAGCCGCUUCCUACGGACCCUCAGCGCUUUAUCUCACCUGAACAGCGAGCAUGAUCAUGCCCAGCCCUCCCGGGACAAAGCCGGCUCCCCUGCCCGCGCGGAACCGCCCUCCGCGCUCCUCCUACAGCAACAACAGCAACAGAACGAGCGGAGCCGACCCCCCAGCCCUGGGCUCCCCGGACUGUCGGGCCUCAAGAACCACGGCAAUACCUGCUUCAUGAACGCCGUGCUGCAGUGUCUGAGCAACACCGACCUCUUCGCCGAGUUCCUGGGCCUGGAGCAGUACAAGGAGGGCUCGGAAAGUCCCAUCGCCAGCCCCGGCGGAGCUCAGGAUCGCGGAGAAGUGACGGAACAACUGGCCACGCUCUUGCGCUCCCUAUGGACCCUGGAGUACACCCCGCAGCACAGCCGCGAGUUCAAGACCAUUGUGUCCAGGAACGCCCUUCAGUAUCGGGGGACCUCCCAGCACGACGCACAGGAGUUUCUUCUAUGGCUGCUAGACCGCGUGCACGAGGACCUGAAUGUAGUGGUCCAACACAAACCUCGGCCGCCACUGGAAGAGGAUCUGACAGGAGAAGGCCCUACUUUCCCAACCAGUGGGACCUUUGUUCAAGAGCUUUUCCAAGCUCAGUACAGGUCUUCCUUGACGUGCCCUCAUUGUCAGAAACAGAGCAACACCUUUGACCCUUUCCUCUGCAUUUCUCUGCCCAUCCCCUUGCCCCACACACGGCCUUUGUAUGUGACGGUGGUUUAUCAGGGGAAGUGUUCCCACUGCAUGCGGAUCGGCGUCGGCAUUCCUUUAUCCGGCAAUGUGGGCAGGUUGAGGGAAGCCAUAUCACAGGAAACCAAGAUUCCAUUCGAUCAGAUAGUAAUCACCGAAAUGUAUUUUGAUGGGUUCCACCGCUCGUUCUUCGACACAGAUGAUUUAGAUACCAUCCAUGAAAGUGACUGCUUAUUCGCCUUUGAGACUCCAGAAGUGUUCCCAUCAGAAGGAAUUUUAAGCCAGAGAGCAAUCUGUGUAAAUAACAACCAGAACUAUGUGAGGCAUGGGUCAGAUCAGCACAGGCUUUACUCCUCCGGCUCAGUGCGGAAUCCAGUAAACCGCUCCUCUACCAGUGAUCGAAUUGUGCUGCUGGUGUGUAACAGAGCCUACAGUGGGCAGCACGGCAAGAGAUUUGGGCAGCCGUUUGUUUUGCACCUUGAGAGGAACAUCACAUGGGACGUACUUCAAAAGGAGAUCCUGGAAAAGAUGCAGUAUUACCUGCGCCCUACAGCUUGUGUUCAGGUUUGCCCGUUCAGCCUCCGUGUUGUGACUGCUGUAGGGAUUACAUACCUCUUACCUCAGGAAGAAAAACCUCUGUGUCACCCCACGGUGGAAAGGGCUUUAAAAUCCUGUGGUCCUGGUGGAGCAGCCCAUGUGAAGUUGGUGGUGGAAUGGGACAGAGAAACUAAAGAAUAUCUUUUUUGUAACACAGAGGAGGAAUAUGUGCCAGAUGCUGAGAGCGUGCGGCUGCAGCGUGAGAUACACCACCAGCCGCAGUGCUGCACUCUAGCCCAGUGCUUUCAUCUGUACACUAAAGAGGAGCAGCUGGCUCCUGGUAAUGCCUGGCGCUGCCCUCACUGUAAACAGCUUCAACAGGGCAGCAUUAAACUCAGCCUGUGGACCCUGCCUGAUGUGCUUAUACUGCAUCUGAAGAGAUUUCGACAGGAUGGUGAUCGGAGAUUGAAACUGCAGAACAUGGUCCGUUUCCCACUCACUGGAUUGGAUAUGACCCCCCAUGUAGUAAAGCGCAGUCAGAGUUCCUGGAGCCUCCCUUCUCAUUGGUCUCCGUGGAGGCGGCCUUACAGCUUGGGCCGUGACCCGGAAGAUUUCAUCUAUGAUCUGUACGCAGUGUGCAAUCACCAUGGGACAAUGCAAGGGGGCCACUAUACAGCCUAUUGUAAGAACUCUGUGGAUGGCUUGUGGUAUUGCUUUGAUGACAGCGACGUUCAGUCCUUGGCUGAGGAUGACGUGUGUGCGCCAACAGCUUACAUCUUGUUCUAUCAGCGCCGAGCAGCGGUCCCAUCAUGGUCAGCAAACAGCUCUGUUGCAGGUUCUACCAGCUCGUCCCUUUGUGAUCACUGGGUUUCCCGUCUCCCUGGAAGCAGGCAGCCCAGUAUAGCUUCUGCGGCCUCAUCUAGACGCACGUCUCUUGCAUCACUGGCAGAAUCCGUGGAACUGACAGGGGAGAGAAGCGAGGAUGAUGGUGGCUUUUCCUCACGUCCAUUUGUUCGCAGUGUGCAGAGGCAGAGCAUGUCUUGUCGUUCCUCUGUCACUAGCCCUCUUGUUGUCAAUGAGAAUGGAUUUCGGCCAUCUUGGUCUCUGUCUGCAAAACUUCAUCUAAGGGCAGCCACUUCCUGCCGUCAUCCUUCCGACUCUCCCAUCCUUGGAUCGGCCCUCGGCAAGAUCGGGGAGGCAGAUGACAGCGUGUCAACCUCUUGCUUUGGAAGCCUCCGAAAUCUGUCCGGCAGUUUCCAUGAUCACAUUGAGGGUGGAAGACGAGAGCAUCGAGCACCUGCUCGUGCACCACUUGCAGUAGCAGAAGGCGGAUCACCCGCAGAGACAGUUCCCAAAAAAUCCGCUCCUACUGAAUCUUUUGGUAAGAGUGCAGCAGAACUUGUGGGUCGGAACCCGCUGCUGGAUCCUUUAGACAAUAAUAAUCAUAUUGCUUUUGUGGAUCAGAGUGAUUCAGUCAGCUCCUCGCCAGUUAGAGAGAGCCCCCAGAGUGAUGAAAUGUUAGGUAAAAAGACUGUAGCCAAUAAGAUAACAGAGCAAGAGAAAGCACCACGGGAAACUGAGAAGGAUCAACCAACCACUGGCACUUGUGUUACUAAUGGAAAGCAUGCGCCUAAGAACAAAAAAGAAGUAAAAACACCUGUACGUCGUGCAUCAACACAGCACCGGAAGGAGACUGGGAAAGUGCAGGAUUCUCCUGUAUCGACUUCUCAGCAAAGGCAAAAAUCUAUAAAUUCCACAAAUAGUAGCUCCCCAGCCCCUAAAAAACCUACUACAUCUACCAGAAACUCUUUGGUGUCAACCACUACAAGUAAACAUCGGGCGCCAGAAAAGACUCUUAGCCGAGAAGGGUCCAAAAUAAGCCUGGUCUCAGACAAAGCCGCUGCAUCAAAAGCCAGUAGCACUUCUAAGGCUGCACCUCACAAGGCGACCGAGGCUGCUGCAGAUAAUCGAGCUGUUCGAAGUUCUUCUAUGGCCAGCCUCCGCACCCCUCACAGUGGAACCCGAUCCAGUCUGAAGAGGGACAGCAAAUCUGAGGAAAAAGGACUGAGCUUCUUUAAGUCUGCUUUGAGGCAGAAGGAGAGCAGGCGUUCAGCGGAUUUGGGAAAAACAAGCCUUUUAUCAAAGAAGGCCACAGGAACAAAAAGCUCAGGCCAGGAGAAGCCUGAGAGUGCUCCAUCUUCAAAGGCCACUGAUGUGGCUCCAAGUCCAAAAAAACAUUCUGCCUUACCUGCACACAAAACCAAGUCUUCCCCUGACGAAAGACCAGUUCAGCCAUCUCCCUCUGGGAAAAAGACUGCUGAGAAGUAUCUAAAGAGGUUCCCUUCGACUGCAAAGCCAUCUCCCAAAACUCAGUGACCAUGGGUGCAGGGGCAGCUGCGUGAGCUUCUGGAAGCAAAAGGAAUGCAAAAGAGCUGUCCCUGCUAACAGCGGUUGAUUGGAAUGUACACACUUUCAGUUCUUGGCCUUUUUGUACCUUUUGGGUUUGGGGUUCUUCUCCUAGUUAUUUUCUCACCUAUACUAGCUGCAUGAACGUUUACUGUUGUUGCAUUAAACAGCAAAUCUGCUGGCUGGAGAGGGCCAAGCAAGCCACACCAGCGGAUCAACCUGUUUUCUAGCUAGGACUUCUAACGCUCUCAUGCCUAUGUGAGAAAGGGGAACAGUAGCUCUCGUGAGAAAGGGGAACCUCUGUUUCUCUCGCCUAUUUAAAUUGCUGCUUUUAUCUUAACUUCCUUACCAAAGCCCACCUGUGUGUCUGGUAGAAAAUAUUGUCAGCGUAAGGGUUGCUUUCCUCUGCUCUGAUGUAGGAGACAUACACAAGUCCUUGGGUAGAAAGAAAGGAGCUGCUUCAUAACACAGCCUUGUAGGCUUAUUACUAUUGAGACAUCACAAUUCCAGCCAUAUCUCAUGGUCAUGGCAUAGCACUACCCACCCAAGAAAAUCUCAUAACAUUUAAUCUAAAAGAAAUCAGUGGGGAUCGGCCUAUUUUGUGCUAAGUUAGUUUCUCCUUUUAAUUCACUAUUAAGGGACUCUUGCCAUAUAAGAGGUGCUGGUCCUUAUUCUGUGAGUUAAUAACCAUCCUGCCUAUGUAUCGAACGUCUUUGAUCAGAAGAUGAUGGGAAUUCCUAGGUGGCACAUUUAGCUUCUCCAGUUGAGGUUUCUGGUGUGGCAGGCAGUGUGUAAUUGAUCCCUAAUCUGUCUAUAUGGUUGUGUGUCUCUUUAGGGGACUUGAUUAAUGCUCAAUAAUCAAAUUAAUAGCCACACUUGGCAAUGGACACACAUCUCUCUGGAACACACAAUGAUAAGUGCAGCACAUCCCAUGCAGAUAAAGGGUUACAUUGUCCUGUAGUUUUAGCACAUGCUUUUAAAGCAAUCCAACGCUUAACCUUUCAACAUGGCAGUCUAUUUAUUACUUGGCCAUUGUUAAAUGCCUGCUUCCUGGCCUUGACAUUCUAACAGGCAUCCUUUUUUCCACCAAAGUCGUAUAGAACCGACAGGCAUUCUAUCCUACCAUUCCAUGUAUCAUUAACGUUGAAAUCAUAAUAUUCUCAUUAUCAGCUUUGAAGACGUUUUCAAUCAUAUCUGUCCUAUAAGACUUAACGAUUCUUGUAUAAUUGCAGGCUGGUAAGAUGCACUGAGCUGUCGAUCAGAUUAUGUUCUCACCGCUUGGUAUUGUUUCCAACCAUGUGACUUUUGUCCUCAGAAGAGUUUAUAUAUUUGAUUAAGAUGUUAACAUUUCAAGGCAUUUUUCAUUCUCUCCCUGACCUUUAAUUUAAACUAAUUGCUCGCAGCAUGCGUGCUGGUUUGAGCAUGCUUGCUUUAACCACAAAAAAAAAAAUCAUUAUUUAGGCAUGAAGACUGCCUACCAAGAAGUGUCCAAUUUUAACAAUGCAAAAAGGUAUUGGUUACGUCUCAAAAGAGUGGUUUUUAAUCAGCCGUACGAUUACAUUUUUGGGUUGUUGUUUCUCUUCUUGAAGGGAGCACUCUGGUUUAGACAUGAGCAAAUCUGUUUAGAUACCCUACGGCUGUGUAUAUUUUUUUUAUUAUCGUGAUCAGUUUUAGAAACCAUUGUUUAAUCAUUUGUCACGUGACGUGCACACACUUUGUUUUUUUUCUGCUUUCUGUUGCAGAUCUCAUGGCAAAGGCCCCUCUGUUUGUUUGUGAGCCAUUGGGCUACGUGGCACAGUACUCAAAAAGUUCACUUUUGGAAUGUAUGCUGAUAAAUGAGUUGGCUCCCCUCUUAUUUGACUGGACUCCCUCUUACCCGACAACCCCCUCCUGCUAGCUGAGCAAUAGUUUUGCAUGGCAACUUAUUAAUGUAAUGCGCACGCACUUGUAACUAUGCAAGCAACCAAUAGGAAUCACUUUGGUGCUCUUAUGCCUAGCUAACUGUACAGUAGUUUGAUGUGUGUUCUUGAUUUCUCUAUAUUAUAUGUAUAAAGUUCCAGCUGAAUUAGGGCUUUAAUCAUAACAAGGUUUUUUUUGUUUUUGGUUAGUUGACCACUGAGCCUUUAUAAGUUGUAUAUAGAAGCUUUUCGACUAUCCUUCCCAAACACUAGCUGUGACUGGAAGUUUGCUAGUUUUGUUUGUGCGGGCACUUUGUUGCACUUUAAAUGUAGAUGAGAAAACAGUCUUCUAAUAAUAUGGUCCUCUAAUGCAAAGAGUGGGGUUGUGAAGCCUCAGCCGGAGAUAUCGGCACCCGUUUUUCUUUCUGUUGCUACAUUUCCCAGACAUACUGUUUCAGUGUAACCGUUCGUUAUCUGGCUUCCAAACCUAUAGCAGAGGGUUAGUAUACACUCGAUUGUACAGUAGUUUUCUUGGCUUUCAUUGGAGGGCGCUCUGCCAGCCACACUGUCCCAUUCAGAGGCAGAACAUUCACAGGGAUACCUUUGGGGGUUUAAGUUUCUUUUAUCAAGACUUUUUUGAUGCCCAAAAUCGAUCCUGUAGUUCAAGAUGGAAUUGCUGCCAUGUCCUGCUUUUUUUUUUUUUUUUUUUUAAGCCUUUCUGCAUCACCCCCUGUUUUUUUUCCCUUUUUCUCUGCAGUGUAUUGGUUUCCCAGAUCUGAGAGAAAUGUUCCACUGAUCUCCGAGCUUUCAGCCGCUACGGAAUAAGCUGAUGUUUUAAUGCCGCGGAUCAAAUCCUUCAGUCUGCCUCUCUCUGACCUGUAGAAACCUGGGGCUGGGUUCUGAAGCAGAUCAGUUCAAUGGAUUUUCUCAGGUGAUGAUCUCAAUGUUUCCAAAUACCUCAGGGUCGUGCUCGGGCCGCGCAACAAAGCACCGCAUCCGUCUCCUGUUUGGUUGUGGACUGCAACUCAAUACAGCGAAUGUAUAGAAAGAAAAUGUAUAGAAAUAAUUAGUGCUGCUUUCUCAAAGUCUUAACACUACAACGUGUGAUCUGCUAAGUCUGUCUACCUGUGGAAUGGAAUCCUCCCUUAUUUCCCAAUACUAAAAUGAUGGGAAACCACAGAAAUAAUGAGUGGGACGACUGCAAAUGAUUUUUUUUUUUCGUUAUUAGUUUUGGAAAACGUCCAUCCAAAAAACAAUCCAUCAUUACCGGCAAUAUUCUCGUCUGUCUAUAACAUGCUGCAUGUUCUGUACACAUCACCACUUUUAAAACAUUCAUGAAAAACUAGGGAUGCACCAAAUUCCAUCAUUUUAUUUGUUAACUUUUUUAUGAUUCUGCAGAAUCCUCCAAUGGUGAUUUGCAAGAUCAAAAUGGCAUCAGUUUUUUUAGAGCUUUAAAAUCACAUGGUUUCCAGGUUUUUGGCAAAAAUGGAACACUAAAGAUCUAAUAUGAAUCAUGGGAUUUGCCUAAGUCCCAAUCAGGAUCUUGGAUUCGGUGCAUCCUUAUUGAAAAAACAAACAAAAAAAACCCUAUUACAGCUGCUAGAGUGGUUCCAAGUCUAUGGACUGGUGUGGAUCCACCAAACGUGUAAGUGACAAACAUGUUGCCUCACACACACAACUCAUACAUAUCCAACGCAACAUAUUCUCUGGUCUAAGAGCAAGAACUUUUUGGUAUGGGGCUACUGAAAGCAGACAAGCACUUCCUCUUUAAUUUGACCGUACAUGUUGUGUUGCAUGGCUGCCGUCAAUUAAGUGCCACUUUUUUACUGCCAGUUUUUUUAAAACUUUAAUCAUUUUUUUUUCCAAAACUUGGAAAUUUCUUGACCUCAUUGAGGGCCUGCCUGUGGGUUUAGAAGUAUAGUAAAAGGCCCAUGAGCCCCUGUGCAGAUUUCAUGCAGGGCUCUCUCCAUGUUGCAUCUCUGUCCCCAAUAAAAAACACUUUUUGCAUUCCUUUCAUUUCCAUGCAUCUAUACCUUUCAGACCCUUUGUGUUGGAUUUUGAAAGACCUCAUUGGUGCCCCAGGGUCCAGGUGCUAUCUCCAAUUUUGUAGUUGCUCCCCUGGGGCCUGUGUCACAACUAAAACCUGUAAAAUGUAGACUCCAGCACUAGACUCCAUCUGCUGUUCCUCCUACUCCCAGACUGACUGCAUGUAGGCUUGUGCCAAGUUCCUUCUACAAAAUUACUUUCUUGUGGGGAUUGUUUAUGAUUAACAUUUUUGACACUACCUGCAUGGCUGUCCUAGCCUGACAAACGUUUGCUGCUAAAUGGUGUGAAAUGCUUAUGUGCCAUGUUCUGGGUUGAUUGCAUUCAAUUAAAGCUUUUGUGCAAGGUCCAUUUUUGGCACAGCAAGGCCCUGCACCCUUUAACUUAGGGACUGUGUGGCGUUGCUGUGUCCGUGAGUCUGAUCUAAACCACAUCAUGUCUUCAUUUUCCCUGUGGUGGUUUCAGGAUAAUGCUGUGUACCGUGUUCCAGAAGGCCCAUCAGUUAGGGCACCUGCCUUGCCUCUUCUUUUACACUGAUCCUUUGCCCCUGUAACAUCCUAUCUCUGCUCUAUGGUGCCCUAAGCUUUUUGCCUUGGCACUGCCCCAAUAUUGGCAGUGUUCUCUGAUGUCCUUGGCCUUUUCAUUGGAACAAUUCCUGUACCGUUUUACUACUCGUGGGUUGGGGCGGGGGUGGUGGAAUGUAGCGAGUGUAGAUAAUGUUGAACAGUUUGAGCGCCUCCUUCUCUUUGGGAACACUGGUUCUUCAAUGUGUCUGGCCUGGUGCAUGAUGGUGUCAUUGCCUUUUAUUAUUUAUUUUCAUGUUUUAUUUUGUUUUCCAGGUGUAUGCACUUUUAAUAUGCAGAAUUUAUAUUUUUUACGUUCAAGAAUGCUUCUCUGUGGGAGACACGUUUGAUAACCUGUAGUUUAAAGAUAUUAUAAAGCAAAAAUAAAAGUGCUAAAAACUAAA